AUGGCUUGGUUGGAGAACAAGCAAAUUGAGGACAUCAGCAGUGGAGUGAUCAAAAUGAUAGAUCAUGAGGCCUAAAAUAAAUAAGGAAAGAAGAGAAGUGGGAGAGGCUGAGAACAGAAAGAGAGGGUGGAGGGGCUGUAAGUCUUGAAGAUUAGGGUGUAAUAUGAGUAUAUAAGAAUUGGAAGAAUUUUAUAGGAGGUGGUAGUCAAAAAGUAGGAGCAGUUUGGAAGAGUGGUUACAAAUAUCAAGAGCCAGGUGGCUAAAAGGUGGAGCUAUAGGUCAUUGAAGCUCAAGAAACUGAAUCUCUAGGGCAUUGGUUAAGUCAUCUGUUUAGACUUUAAAGUUUUCUAGGAUGGUAAUUCAGAAGACUGAUCUGUGCCAAAGUCACAGGUUUUUCACACCUGAAAAUAACAUAGCAAAAUAAGCCAAGAUGUCUGUGGAUCCAAUGACCUAUGAGGCCCAGUUCUUUGGCUUCACGCCACAAACAUGCAUGCUUCGGAUCUACAUUGCAUUUCAAGACUACCUAUUUGAAGUGAUGCAGGCCGUUGAACAGGUUAUUCUGAAGAAACUGGAUGGCAUCCCAGACUGUGAUAUUAGCCCAGUGCAGAUUCGCAAAUGCACAGAGAAGUUUCUUUGCUUCAUGAAAGGACAUUUUGAUAACCUUUUUAGCAAAAUGGAGCAACUGUUUUUGCAGCUGAUUUUACGUAUUCCCUCAAACAUCUUGCUUCCUGAAGAUAAAUGUAAGGAAACACCUUAUAGUGAGGAAGAUUUUCAGCAUCUCCAGAAAGAAAUUGAACAGUUACAGGAGAAGUACAAGACUGAAUUAUGUACUAAGCAGGCCCUUCUUGCAGAAUUAGAAGAGCAAAAAAUUGUUCAGGCCAAACUCAAACAGACGUUGACUUUCUUUGAUGAGCUUCAAAAUGUUGGCAGAGAUCAUGGGACUAGUGAUUUUAGGGAGAGUUUAGUGUCCCUGGUUCAGAACUCCAGAAAACUACAGAACAUUAGAGACGGUGUGGAAAAGGAAUCGAAACGACUGAAAAUAUCUUAAUUGCUCAGUAGUCAAAAGGAGGAGCCUGUCAAAAAGUAGAAUCAUAAGGAAUUUAUACCAAUGACUGUUCAAGCCAACCAUACUUUUUAUUAGAUUUGCUUUGUCAACUCUUUCUUGUAUUCUGUGUCUUCCUCUUUUUUGGUCCACUUUCCUGAAGUAUGUGUGUACUUCUUUGAACUAGGCUGCAGCAUCUGUUCCUUAGAGUCUUCUAAUAAGUGGGAAGGGAUCAAACGAAGCCAUGGCCAGUUAAAGAUAUUUGCAGAGUUGUACCUUGGUCAUAAGUCCUUUGUGACCUUGAUGAUUUUGACUUACUCUUUGGAUGAGACCAGAUGAGAAAAGGAUUAAACGAGUGGCUCCUUUAGUAGUAGUAGUAUUUUUGAGGCAAGGUCCCCUUCUGUCACCCGGAUUAUAGUAGAGUUCAGUGGCACAGUCUUGGCUCACUGCAACCUCUGUGUCCCGGGCUCAAGUGAUCCUCCUGCCUCAGCCUCCCAAGUAGCUAGGACCACAGGUGCGUGUCACCAUGCUUUGCUAAUUUUUUUGCAGAAACGAGGCCUCACUAUAUUGCCCAGGCUGAGUGACUUUCUUAUUAACCAGUCAUUACACUGCGGGACAGCCAACAUAGAGUACUUGCUCUCACCCUGUACAUUUUCUUACAUCAGGGAGUCAAUAUGUAGUGGAAAGAAGCAUGUAGCAAAAAAGACAACCUUGGUCUUUAAUAAAAAAGAAAUUGGUUUAUUUCCAAAAUAAAUCUCCUGACAAAAAUCCUGGUGAUGUUAAGCAAUGACUGUCUUAGAGUCCAGCCAGAAAAGACCUUACACAAAAAAAGAGAACCCACUGGAAUAGAGAAGGAAGCGUGUAGCAUACUCAGUAGUGAAAUUUAAUUUUACUGUUACGUAUCCAUGCCAAUUUGUUUUCAUACUUCAGUUGGUUUUGGAAUCUGCUUUGUACCUAAUAUUUAAUUAUUUAUUCAUACAAGCAUCAAAUAUUUCAUUCCCUCAGUGGGAAAUUUGUGUUUAAACUCAAUGGAAUCUGAUAUUUCUUUAUGUCAUUAGUCCCUGUAAAAUGUUAGGUCACCCAAGGAAAGGGGAGAAAUAGCAAUGGCUGCUCCUAAGGUGUUGCUUGCCCUCCGUGUCUUCCUAAAGAACAGAACUUGGAGUUUCUCCUUUAUGUAGAGAAGACGUAACUUUGAGUGUAUUUGCAAUGAAAUAUUCAUAGAUACUGAAAGCUUGUGUUUACAUGAAAUAUGUUUAUUAUCAAGAAGUCCUUUUUCCAAUUCUGUACAUUAAAUAUAUGUGUUUUAAAA